UUGUAAUGGGAAACAACCCCAAGCAAAACGAGGGCAAUCUAAUACGGAGGCACAGCCUCGAAAGUUGAAAACAUCCAGGAGUCACACCACCUUCCCAGUCAACUCUUCCGCAACCGUGAGUUGCGUGUCUGUUAUAGCAAUCGCAGCAGCCCGGUUCUUUUCCAAGAGGACGCAGCUGCGCGAAAGGGCAAGGGCGGGCCUGCUGGGCCUUGUCUGGUAGCCGACUGGCCAUGCCUAGCGCGGGCAAGGAGCACGGGGAAGAAGCGCUCCAAGAUGGCACCGGCGAACCUGGCGAAGCUCAGGACGCCGCGCAGCUCUGCUAGAGUUGCGCCCUCGCCUUUUGCCAGCUCCACGCAGAACAACCCAGGCAGAAGUGCGGCGCCCAGCGGACGACGGCUGUCGCCCCCGGGCAGGGGGGCUCGGCGGAAACCACACAAAGGGGAGGCGGAGGGGGCUGGCAAGCAGGUGCAGAAGUGCAAAAGCGCGGCCAAGACCUCCGCUUGUAUUGCGGAGAGCCCAAGGAAGUCAUUUGUGUGCUGGGCGCGCUGACGGGCCCGCACCGGCAGCAUGAGCUCAUGCUGAACGACGCCUACGGAGCCGCCCGGAGUCGGACACGACUGGACUUAAUGAAGGCCAUGCUGAAAACAGUGGAAAGGCUAAAGUGCAAGUGUGCAGACCCCAAGGUGGCUCAGGGAGACAUGAAGCUAAGCAUCCAGAAAGAGUUUAACAACAUUUGGCGCCUGGUUUCUGAAGAAGAACAGUGGACCCUCCACUUGCUGAAUCUGCAAGAAGCAUUGGCUUCUAUUCAUACAACAGAAGUGCUUGCUGAAAUUGAUGCCUACAUGGAAGAAUUGAUGACUGAGAUAGCAGAGCUCACAAGACAGCUAAACACCUUUAAUGAGCUAAUCCUGCUCAAGCCUGAGGAAGAUAUCCAAGAUAUUUAUUUCCUGGUAGAAUUCUUUUUGCCCAUCUGCUUACAGUACUACAGCAGGGAAAUUGGAAUCCAUUUGGGCAAUGCCCAGUGCAGCUCUUAUGAAGUCUAUCAGUGA